AUGGAGCGAUUAUCACUCAACGAGACGGCUGGCAACGCGCAGCAGCAGCAACAGCAGCCACAAUCGCAACAGCAACAACAGAGGCCCGGACAACAGAAUGCGCUUGGUUCUGCGGUUCCUCAAGUUCCGCCAGGCCCUCCACAACUUCCCCCGCAGAUGUUUACGACCGCCGCUCAGUUACUCGAUUUGACUGAUAAAAAACUUGUACUGGUUCUGCGCGACGGAAGGAAAUUGAUAGGUGUGCUCCGAAGCUGGGAUCAAUUUGGACCGCGUCCCGAUGGGCACAAACGCCUCCCUUCUCUAGCAAACCUCGUUCUUCAAGAUACGAUUGAGAGAAUCUAUGCUGGCAAUCUAUAUGCGGAUGUUCCCCGCGGGAUCUUCCUCGUGCGAGGCGAGAACGUGCUGCUGCUGGGCGAAGUGGAUCUGGACCGUGAAGAUGACAUCCCUUCCUCCGUGACCAAGGCUCCAUUUGAGGAAGUUUUCGAAUUGAAGAAAAAGGAAGAUAGCCGGCGCAAGGCAACUGAUAAGAAGCGACAUGGGGAGCUGCAGGCACUGGGCUUUGAGCCUGAGCACAGUGGCGAGAUUUUGUUCUAA